AUGCCUAACGACCUAGAGGAGGCGUUGAAACACGCAGGUGGGACGGGAAAACAGAGUGAGGGUAUCUCGAUCAAUACCUUCCUGGCGUCUCUGGCCACUGCGAUUAUCAUUUUUGCUGUUGAAGUCAUCCUAUUUUUGCUUCUCAAGGGGAAACUUACACGUAUCUAUCAGCCAAGAACGUAUCUGGUUCCUGAUCGAGAACGUACUGCACCCUCCCCACCGGGCCUGUUUCGAUGGAUCGGGCCGGUGUUUCGCACUUCCAGCUCUGAGUUUAUUCAAAAAUGCGGCUUGGAUGCCUAUUUCUUCUUGCGCUAUCUGCGCAUGCUUCUGAAGAUAUUCGUGCCACUGGGGUGCAUCCUGCUACCCGUCCUUCUACCGUUAAAUAAAGUGAAUGGGAAAAACCGGAGUUUCAAGAACGGGACCAUAGGUGGAGAUAGGUGGAAUAUCACAGGCCUCGACCAACUGGCUUGGGGAAAUGUAGCCCCCGAGAAUACAAAUCGUUACUGGGGACACUUGAUUACGGCCAUAAUCGUCAUUGUUUAUGUCUGCGCUGUAUUUUUUGAUGAGCUCCGAGGCUACAUCCGCCUACGACAGGCGUAUUUGACUUCUCCGCAACACCGACUUCGUGCAUCUGCAACGACGGUGUUGGUGACUGCAAUUCCAGAAAGCUGGCUUUCUGUGGAAGCUCUUGAGACGCUGUUUGACGUCUUCCCGGGUGGAAUCCGCAAUAUUUGGAUCAAUCGCAAUUUCGACGACCUCAACGAAAAGGUGAAAGAGCGGGAUGAUAUCGCCUUAAAACUCGAGGUUGCCGAGACCGAGUUGAUUAUCAAAUGCAAAAAGGCACAGCUAAAGAGGGAAAAGUCCGAAGCGAAGAAGGCAGGCAAGGAGGGAAAGGCUAUAAACAAACAGGAGAGAGAGAAAGCCGAUCGAAAAGCUUCUCAGUUGGCGAUGGGUGCCGGUGUCAGUUCCGGCGACCCACACCAGGCUCAUACCCUCGAUCAAAUUUUGCACCCUGAGAACCCAGCACAGCAUGAAGAUGAACCUGGAAAAUGGAGACGACUCAAUCCCCUCGAUCCGGCCAUGGAAGCUGCGGGCGCGUUCAGCCAGGGGGUGGGCAAGCUGGGCAAAUCCGUUUUAAGCGGUUUUAAGAAAGUUGAGGACAGUGUAGAUGGAACAUUGACUCGAUCGGGAGGUUAUGUGCCGGAGGAUAACACGCUCGCGGCGAUUGAAAACAGUUCACUUGCGGCAGGUGGUAAUGAACGUCGCGAGUCCCUCUCAAACGAUCCCCGUGGAAAUGCAGAAGAUGAGAGUGGAGCACACCCUUCCCAAAUGAUCACACAAAGCGCAACUGGGGUUUCAGGCUCGGGAUCGAAACCCAAAAGGCCGUUUUGGAAAAGCGGAGUGUCGAACAAUUCCAGAAUGAGCAGCAAAGCUGAGCCGGAUGAAUUUCCUCUAACGGGUCCGGAAAGUCCGGUGGAUGCGGAUGUGAUGUCUGAGGCUUGUCCGAGCUCUUCUACCGCGGCGAGAGCGAAAGCCAAAGGAGGUAAUCAAGAAGGUCGAAAAGAAGGGGAUAAGGUAGAAGGGGAAGAGUACCCGAUUGCUUACAACGAAGGAUUCGACAACGAAGACUUCGGAGAGCCUAUGUGGAAGAAGUACAUCAAAGAAAAGGAUCGGGAUACCAUGCGAUUGCCCAUUUUUGGCCUGCGCUGGAUGCCCUCGCUUUGGCUUAUGGGCAGGAAAGUUGACACCAUUGAUUAUUGUCGCAAAGAGCUGGCUCGGCUGAAUUUGGAAAUCGAAGUUGAUCAGCAACAUGCGGAGAAAUUUCCCCUUAUGAACUCCGCGUUCAUCCAGUUCAACCACCAGGUCGCUGCACAUAUGGCUUGUCAAGCGGUCAGUCACCACGUUCCAAAGCAAAUGGCUCCACGCAUUGUGGAGAUCUCGCCAGACGACGUAAUAUGGGACAAUAUGUCUAUCCGGUGGUGGGAGCGCUACCUCCGGACAUUUGGAAUCCUGACCGUUGUCUGUGCCAUGGUGGUUGGCUGGGCAUUUCCGGUGGCGUUUACAGGUUUGCUCUCUCAGUUGUCAUAUUUGGAGGAUGCGUUCACUUGGCUAUCUUGGAUCUCGAAACUACCGGAAUGGCUUAUCUCGGCCGUCCAGGGUAUCCUACCUGCAUUGUUUUUGGCAAUUCUCAUGGCGCUAUUGCCUCUAAUCCUUCGGUUCCUCUGCCGGGCUCAAGGACUCCACACGGGCAUGGCCGUGGAGCUUACCGUCCAACAUUAUUAUUUUGCCUUCUUGUUCGUGCAGCUCUUCCUGGUUGUGGCAAUUUCGUCAAGUUUUUCUACCAUCAUCAAUAACGUCACGAACGUCACCAGCUGGCCUGAACUCCUGGCACAGCAUAUCCCCUUAUCCAGCAACUACUUCUUCUCCUACAUGAUUCUACAAGCCAUGUCGGUGAGCGCCGGAGCUCUUGUCCAGAUUGUCAAUCUAGUAAGCUGGUUCGUUCUUGCACCAUUCUUGGAUACCACUGCCAGGAGAAAAUGGGCGCGGACCACGAACCUGAACCAGGUACAAUGGGGCACAUUUUUCCCGGUGUACACUACUUUGGCAUCAAUUGGGUUGAUAUACUGCGUCAUUUCGCCUCUCAUUCUCCUGUUUAACGUGAUCACGUUCGGUUUGUUUUGGUUCGUCUACCGAUAUAACACGCUCUAUGUCACGAAAUUCCGCUUCGAUACUGGCGGCCUGCUCUUCCCUCAAGCCAUCAAUCAACUGUUCACAGGCAUCUAUGUGAUGGAGGUUUCCUUGAUUGGCCUGUUCUUCUUAGUGCGAGAUGUGCAGGGCACUGUUGCUUGUAAAGGGCAGGCAAUCUGUAUGAUUGUGGUCCUCAUACUUACCGUUGGGUACCAAUAUUUGUUAAAUGAAGCUUUCGGCCCCUUAAUUCGUUAUCUGCCCAUAACUUUGGAGGACGACGCAGUCCGCCGAGAUGAGGAAUUUGAACGGGCCCAGAGAGCUCGACUAGGCUUACCCAUUGACGAAGAUGAGACGGACCCAGUCGCGCAUGCUGAUGGGAUGUCCCACGAUAUCGAGCUGAAAAAAAUCGGACUUCGCAGGGAGGGACAGAAAUCGGCGCAUGCAAAUAAACGAGCUGGAAUGGGACCCAAACGUCCGUCUUGGAUUCAUCGAUCCGCAAAACGGCGGUCGAGCUAUUAUGGAACUCAGUCAGCAAGCGCUGUUCCUAGUGUGCAGCGUAUGCGUGAGAAAAUCGCCCACGAUGCCGAAGCCCAGGGCCCGGCAACGGGGUCUACGGGGCAAGCAAUAUUUGCCGGGAUUCAUGACGAGCUGGAGGACCUCACGCCAGACGAGCGUGACCAGCUCGUUCAACGUGCUUUCCAACACGAGGCCCUGAGGGCGAAACGUCCUGUGGUAUGGAUCCCGCGGGAUGAUCUCGGGGUCAGCGAUGAUGAAGUCUAUCGUACCCAGCGAUUUAGCAAGCAUGUAUGGAUUAGCAACGAGUAUCAAGCUUUGGAUGGCAAGUGCCGCCCGAUCUUUAGCCGCAGUCCGCCGGAUUUCUCGCAAGUUGAUCUGAUUCAGUUGUAG